CAGUUGCAUCUGCCUAUUUGUGGCUCAAAAUGGCUGAGCCAAAACAUCUCGCACUUCCCGGCUCCAAGACUUACUCCGGCUUUCGACUCGCCGCUCUUUCCGAGUCGAUUGGAGUGUCUGCCGUUCGGGCCAUCUGGGUCCACUAUGUGGAUCUUCACCGAGCCCUGACUGCGGAGGAGGCCGACGUCCUCGACCAGCUCCUCACCUAUGGCGAAUAUCCCGACUCACACGAUCAAAUAUACACGGAGCUUCAUGAUGUCGUUCGCAAUGGGACGGGUGCCAAGCGCUCCGAGUCAAAGAUCCUCUUUGUCUCCCCCAGAACCGGAACAAUUUCGCCUUGGAGCUCCCAGGCAACUGCUAUUGCGCAUGUAUGCGGCCUGAAAGAUGCCGUGAAACGUGUUGAGCGUGGCUUCGCCUUCGCUCUCACCACAGACAAGCCCAUUGCCGAUAUUAUGAAGGGUGCCGACUCACUCUACGACCGCAUGACGCAAAUGAUCGGCGAAGAAGAGCCUGAACUUGCUGUCAUGUUCUCGGAGCAGUCGCCCGCUCCUGCGUCCAUCGUCCAGCUCUACGAGGAGGGCGCCACGCCCCGCGAGGCUAUUGAAAAGGCCAACCAGACUCUGGGUCUUGCCCUCGAUUCCUUCGAGAUUGAUUACCUAGUAAAUGCUUACGCUAAGGAUGGACCACUGGCGCGUGGGCCUUUCGAUGUCGAACUUUUCAUGUUCGCUCAGGUCAACUCGGAGCAUUGUCGACACAAGCAAUUCAAUGCUGACUGGACGAUUGAUGGCGAGAAGAAGCCAUACAGUCUCUUCGGCAUGAUCAGAAACACACACAAGGCUAACUCCAAGUAUGUUGUCAGCGCAUAUAGCGACAAUGCCGCCGUCUUCCAAGGUGAAAACGGUAGUCACUGGGCCCCGAAUUACUCGACUGGCGAGUGGACUCAGACCAAGGAGACUGUUCACUUCCUCGGCAAGGUUGAGACUCACAACCACCCCACCGCUGUCUCGCCGUAUCCGGGUGCUGCCACUGGCUCUGGUGGAGAGAUCAGAGAUGAGGGCGCCGUUGGACGAGGCUCAAAGCCAAAGGCUGGAAUGUCUGGCUACAACGUCUCGGAGCUGCUGAUUCCUGGCCACAGGCAACCUUGGGAGCUAGAUGUGGGCCGGCCAGCGCAUAUUGCCAGCUCUUUUGAUAUCAUGAUGGAGGCUCCAAUUGGUAGUGCGGCUUUCAACAACGAAUUUGGACGUCCAUGCACAUCAGGCUAUUUCCGAACUCUCCUCACCGAGCUUCCAAUUGGCAAUGGUCAAAAGGAGAUCAGAGGUUACCACAAACCAAUCAUGAUUGCUGGAGGUGUAGGAACUGUGCGUCCUCAACACGCUCUCAAGGACGGCGAACUCGUUAGCCCCGGAGACCACUUGAUCGUCCUUGGUGGACCUGCUAUGCUGAUUGGUCUGGGUGGCGGUGCUGCCUCCAGUAUCACCUCCGGUGAGGGCUCUGUCGAGUUGGAUUUUGCUAGUGUCCAAAGAGGAAACGCCGAAGUCCAACGCAGAGCGCAGGAAGUGAUUAACGCCUGCGUUGCUCAAGGGGACAAGAACCCCAUCAAUCUCAUUCAUGAUGUAGGCGCUGGUGGGCUUUCAAAUGCUCUGCCGGAGCUCGUUCAUGAUGCCAACCUUGGUGCUACCUUUGAGCUGAGGGAGGUUGACAGCGCCGACAAGAGUAUGAGCCCUCUGCAGAUCUGGUGCUGCGAGGCGCAAGAGCGUUACGUCUUAGCUGUCGAUGAACUGGGUUUGCAGAUGUUCAAGAACAUUGCUAACCGUGAGCGUUGUGGAUUCUCUGUCGUUGGUAGAGCCACGGGCGGAAAGGAGGGCGAGAAGAGACUUAUCUUGAUGGACCGGGACUCGCAAGAGUACCCUAGGCCUAUCGACCUCCCUAUGAGCAUUCUCUUCGGAAAGACACCUAAGCUUUCCCGCGUUGUCGACUCGCGUAAACUUUCUUUGCCCGUGUUCGACAGCAGCCUAACGACCUAUCUUCCCCAAACGCCCACUGAUGGUCUUUUGAAUGAAGCCGUUUCUCGUGUUCUCAAGUUACCAUCCGUUGGCUCCAAGUCCUUCUUGAUCACUAUUGGUGACCGUACUGUCGGUGGAUUGACCACUCGUGACCAAAUGGUCGGGCCUUGGCAAGUUCCUGUGGCCGAUGUCUCCGUGACUGCGACAUCGCUCCUCCCCGGCACCAAGACAGGUGAAGCGAUGUCUAUUGGAGAGCGGCCCACUCUUGCCUUAAUUUCUGGCGCCGCAUCCGCCCGUAUGGCAGUCGCUGAAUCGCUGAUGAACCUUGCUGCCGCCGACACCCUCAAUGGUCUGGAGCGUAUCCGACUCUCGGCUAACUGGAUGUCUGCCAGCAGCCACCCUGGCGAGGGCGCUGCCCUGUACGAGGCAGUUGAGGCCAUUGGUAUGGAGCUCUGCCCCAAGCUUGGAAUCAGUAUCCCCGUAGGCAAGGACUCCAUGUCCAUGAAGAUGAAAUGGAAGGAUCAAGCCACGAAGGAGAACAAAGAGGUCACUGCUCCUCUGUCUCUUGUCAUCAGUGCUUUCGCCCCAGUUGCGCAUAUUGACCAGACCUGGACGCCUGCUCUUCGACGGGUUGAGGAUGUUGGCGAGACCGUGCUCCUCUUCGUUGACCUUGCUCUCGUUGGCAGCCAGACACACCAAGCUCUUGGAGGCUCUGCCCUUGCGCAAGUAUUCAAACAAAUUGGCGAGGAGGCGCCUGAUGUCCGGGACAUUGACACACUUAAAGACUACUUUGACGCAAUCCAGCAGCUGCACGAAUCUGGUGUCGUUCUGGCGUACCACGACCGUUCUGACGGUGGACUCUUCACUACUCUGGCCGAGAUGAUGUUCGCUGGUCGCUGUGGCCUAGAGAUUGACAUUGAAGGCAUUGCUGCAAGUUCGGAGACUGCCAGCGUUGUCAAGGCCUUGUUCAAUGAGGAGUUGGGUGCUGUCUUCCAAGUGCGGAAGAAGGACGAGAUCAACUUUAAGCGCUGCUUCGCCACUUGCGGACCUCCCCACGGUCUCAUUCGGAAGAUUGGAUCAGUUCUUCCGGCCACAAAGCAGGAGCUUACUAUUAGAUACGGCACCGCUGGACCGAUUGUUUACAGAGCUUCUCGCAAGGACCUCCAGCAAAAGUGGGCGUUCACUUCCCACCAGAUGCAGCGUCUGCGGGAUAAUCCCGCUUGUGCUGAUGCCGAAUACGAAAACAUCAAAAAUGACUCUGACCCGGGUCUGUCAUACAACUUGACCUACAACCCCAAGGAGAAUAUCCUCCCUCUGACGACGAUGAUCACAUCGAUCCCGACUCCAUUCACUCAGCGCCCUCGCGUUGCCAUCUUGCGUGAACAGGGUGUGAACGGCCAAGCCGAAAUGGCGUUUGCUUUCAAUGUCGCUGGGUUCGCUGCGAUUGAUGUUCACAUGACCGAUAUCAUAUCCGGUGCUGUCUCGUUAUCCACCUUCAAGGGUAUUGCGGCUUGCGGUGGCUUCUCUUACGGUGAUGUUCUUGGAGCCGGUCAGGGAUGGGCGAAGAGCGUUCUCUUGCACUCCAACACCCGCGAAGAGUUCAAGAACUUCUUUGAGCGACCCGAUACCUUUGCGCUUGGAGUAUGCAACGGAUGCCAAUUCCUUUCCCGACUCAAAUCGAUAAUCCCUGGUGCCGAAUCAUGGCCCACGUUUGAGCGCAAUGCCAGCGAGCAGUACGAAGGACGUGUUUCCAUGGUUGAGGUACUUGAACCGCCCACUGCUACCCCCUCUGUCUUCCUGCACGGUAUGGGCCGUUCAACCCUUCCAAUUGCGGUCGCCCACGGAGAAGGUCGAGCAGUCUUUCCGCCUGAGGUCGAGCCUACUACUCUUCUUCAGCGCGGAUUGGUUGGGCUGCGCUACGUCGACAAUCGGUUGCAGCCUACUCAGCGCUAUCCGUACAACCCGAACGGCAGCCAAGAGGCUGUGGCCGGUGUGCGUACCCCUGACGGUCGGGUUCUGGCUAUGAUGCCUCACCCGGAGCGUACCAUUCUCAAGGAGGUGGGCAGCUGGGUACCCAAGGAGAGGAUGGAAGAGUGGGACCAAUUCGGCCCGUGGGUGCGCAUGUUCAAGAGCGCCCGGAGAUGGGUCGGUUAAACGAUGAUAGUACGGAGUUUUUUUUGGGAAUUUGCUUUUUUUUUUUUUUUAGAAGUUUGGAAGCCUUUGGAUUCAACACACCCUAGCUCAUAUGAAACAUAUAUUUCUAUAUUACUCUAAUUGCAGCCCAC